AUGAUAGGACCAUUGGCGUUCCUGCAGUCCAUCUCCCACGCCCAAAGUAUGGAGACCCUCAACACAACUGGCGAGGCCGCUGGUCUCCCAACUGCACCUCCUUCACAGUUCGCCAUCUUGGACUUUCUAUUCCCUGGCUUUUCCACCUUUUCAAGUAUCGUCCAUGCUUAUCUCGGUAUCGACCUUAACCUCUACAUCCCCCUCCUCCUGGUUAUCUCCGGUAUCAUGUUUGCCUGGAACUAUAUCACUGAGUAUUCAUGGAGCAUUAUCGGUCAGCAUCUCAUGUCUGCUGUACGUAUUCGCACCGAUGAUGAAAUCUACAACAUAGUGAUGGCCUGGGUGGCAAACCAACGAUUUGCCCAAGGUUCUCGACGUUUCAUGGUCAACACCAACAUCAACUCUAGGAGUUGGUUCUUGUUUCGAUGGGACGACGACGACAACGAAGAGGAAGAUUCUGGCUCAACUAAGAAGCCUCUCCAGUAUACCCCUUCGGUCGGUUCUCACUUCUUCUGGUACAAGGGCCAUGUCCUUCUCUUCGAGCGCCAUGAGAACCGUGAGCGCUCCGGGUUCCUCACCUCGAGCGAGCGAGAGGAGCUGUCCAUCUCCUGCUUCGGCCGCAACCCCCGUAUCAUUAAGGAGCUCCUUGUCGAUGCUCGUGAACAGUAUCUGAAAAAGGACGAGAAAAAGACCAUCAUUUACCGUGGUUCACUUGGUCAAAAUGGCGGCGAUCCUACAUGGCAACGAUGCAUGAGUCGAGCUAGUCGCCCCAUUUCUACGGUUAUCCUCAACGAAAAGGUCAAGCAAGACGUGAUUGCAGACGUCACCGACUAUCUUGACCCCAACACCCGCCGCUGGUACUCCAACCGCGGUAUCCCUUACCGCCGUGGCUAUCUUCUUUACGGCCCCCCUGGAACCGGAAAGAGUUCGCUUAGUCUGGCCUUGGCUGGUUUCUUUCGCAUGCGAAUCUACAUGGUCAGUUUGAGCUCUACCAUGGCUAGUGAAGAGAACCUCGCAACCCUCUUUGCCGAGCUCCCUCGCCGUUGUGUAGUACUUCUGGAGGAUAUUGACACUGCUGGUCUCACUCACACUCGUGAGGAUACAAAGGGUGAAAACACAGAGGAUGCAGUUGUGCCCGUCACCACCGCACCCGCCAAGCCUGGUCUCCCCCCUACUACAGCACCUGCGCUCCCAGGUCGACUUUCACUAUCGGGACUCCUCAAUAUACUCGAUGGUGUUGCAUCUCAAGAAGGACGCGUCCUUAUCAUGACUACAAAUCAUCUUGAGAAGUUGGACAAGGCUCUCAUCCGUCCUGGCCGUGUCGAUAUGAUUGUUGAAUUCGGUCGUGCCGACGCUGAUAUGAGUGCCUCUAUCUUCCGUGCCAUCUACGCCCCUUAUGAGGGAGAGGGUACGUCUGGAAAGGAUGUGGAAAUCCUGCUACCCGAUGAGGUUCAGAAGCAGGCUGCAUUGGCUGAAAAGACCCGCCAGGAGACCAUGGAGCGAGUUAAUGCUCUCGCCGAUAAGUUUGCUACCAAGAUGCCCGAGCUCGAAUUCAGCCCUGCUGAAAUCCAAGGAUUGCUUCUCAAGCACAAGCGCAACCCUGAGGCCGCCAUUGACGCUGUUGAUGAGUGGGUGGUAGAAACCCGCAAGGAGAAGAAGCAGAAGGAAAUCGAGGAUGCGGAGAAGCGACGCAAGGAGGAGCAGGAGGCCCGCAAGGCGGAAGCCAAGAAGAAACGCAAGGAGGAACGAGCAAAGGCGAAGAAGGCCAAGGCUAAGGCCAAGCGAAAGAGUAACGGCGAGAGCUCUGGCUCCGACUCUUCUGAUUCUGAUACCGAAUCCGAGACUGAAAACCGCAGCAACGAGAAGAAGGAUGAAAAGAAGGACGAGAAGGAUGCGGAGAAAUCUGAAGACACGCCUAAGGAAGCCGAGGAAAAGAAGAAACUGGAGGUUCCAGACGAGGAAGUAACCAAGUCCAAGGGAACUUCUGAUUCUGGAUACGACACCCCCAACACUGCCUCGUAA